GCCUCUGGUGGCACGCGCGCCCGUACGACUUACAGCGAAAACUCCCAGGCGUCGCGCUUUCAGAAACAACAAAGAGGUUGUUUUCGGGACGAAGAAGAAAAAAAAAAGAAGAAGAUAAGAAAAUCACGCAAAAUUCGCCCGUGCGGUGUUCGGAUCUCGUGUUCAACUCCCCCAGGGCGACCCCGAAGAACGAACGAACGAACGAACGAAGGAAGGAAUCACCCGCGGAAGAGCGCACGAACACCCCGUUCCGUUACACAAGCAUCGCCCGGCGUCCCAUGCGAGGCGACCGCAGACUGGCCUGCCGUCGCCGGGUGCCGUGGACGUAGGGGCGACCCUCCAUGGGGUAACGCACAGCGCGGUGGACCUUACGGACUGGACCACGCCCUGAAAUGGACCCUGGGUCGCCGCGAGAGGCGUAGCUCAACUCCGCCAGCGGCCGUGAUUUUUUCAUCUUUUCUUUUUCAUUUCGUUUUAGUUUUUUUUUGUUUUUCCCCCCGUGCUGGAUUAGGCAGGAGAAGAGAGGGAAGCAGACACCCGUGAAGAGAUCUUCCUUCGUUUCCGCCGAUCCGAGAAAAGAGACCCAGCCAAGAUGCACGCGAUGGGCGGCAUCCACUCGGCGCUGGCCAUCAAGCGCCAGAGGAAGCGUCGCGACGAGCAGCGCCGCGCCAGGGAGCGACGCUUCAGCUCGCAGUCGACGGACUCCGGUCUGACGGCGAGUCCUCGCAACAGCACGGGCAGCCUCGAGACGCUGGGUCGCCGUCGAGCCGGCGGCGGCGGCGGCGGCCGCGGAGCCGGGGGACGCAAGACCUCCUCCGGAGACGACGUCGGCUCCAAAGUGGUCACCAGCAUCGGGAUGCUGCACAUCGGCGUGGUGUUCCUGGUCCUGGGCGCGUUCCUCACAGUCUCCGGUCUCCUUCCCGACGACUUCUCCUCCUUCGGGAAGUUCUCCUCGGGAGGCUGGUUCAACGAGCUGGUGUGCACCGGGUUGUUCGCCCUCGCCAUCGGGCUGUUCCUGGUCGUCCUCAACGUGAUCAUCUCCAAGAAGGAGGAAGACGAGCUCAACGACUACGUCCAGAGGCAGCUGACGAGGUCCAAGUCGGGUCACCGGCUGAUCCGGGACGUGGAGACGGGAUGCCUGUCCACCAAGCAGGAGCAGCGGAGCAAGAUGGAGCGCCGCGGGUCAGGUGGUGGACACCCGGAGGACGAACGCGUCGACGCCGAAGAGGAGAUGGACGAACCGGCGCCCGUGCACUCACCCAGGUCCCCGACGUCAUUGGACGGCGAGCUGCUGCUGGUGUCGCCGGGACACCUGGAGAAGAUCCUCGAAGAGGAGGCCUCGGAGAAGGGCGAGGAGGAGUCCCGCGCGAUGGACAGCUUCAACAAGGAGCUGGUUUCCAACGGGUCGACGACCACCAGCCUGAGCGCAGGGACGCCGUCGGAGACCCGGGAACUUCUGUCCUCCGGGGGCCAGGGCAGGUUCUUCAAGAUGUCGCGCAUCUGAGAGGAGCGGUACAGUCCGUACCCUGACAGGGUCGAGUUCCCCGCCGUCAAGACUUCCCGCAUUUAGGCCCGGCUCUUUUCCACACCUCUUCCCCUGACACCCUGACACCCUGACACCCUGACACCCUGACACCCUGACACCCUGACACCCUGACACCCUGACACCCUGACACCCCCUCGCACCCAUAGAGCAACAGACGACGUAGACCCCGGCUCGCUUCUUGUUCUCCAGCUCCGCAGGAUCGAAAUUUCGGAAAAAAGAAAUUCUCUUCUUGCAUACCCCCAAUCGCCGUAGAGACAUGCAGAUUUCGCGAAAAACAUUUCGAGAUGUAAGUUUUUGGACAUACGCCAUUGCUAAGAACUUUUUCUGUUGAAGAAAAAACUAAAAACUAAAAUAAAUAAAAAAUAAAUAAAAAAAA